AGGGGGCGGGGCCAGAGGUCAAGGCUAGUGGGUGGGAUUGGGGAGGGGGAGAAGUCUUGAGCAGUGCCUUGGAGAGCCUUCCUUUCACCAGGCCCCCGGCUUGGGGUGCCGACCUUACCAUGGCGGGACACCUGGCUUCCGACUUUGCCUUCUCACCCCCACCGGGUGGUGGAGGCGAUGGGCCAGGAGGGUCGGAGCCAGGCUGGGUUGACCCUCGGACCUGGCUGAGCUUCCAGGGACCUCCUGGCGGGUCGGGAAUCGGGCCGGGCCUUGGCCCUGGGUCGGAGAUGUGGGGGGUUCCUCCGUGCCCCACGCCGUAUGAGUUCUGUGGGGGGAUGGCCUACUGUGGACCUCAGGCUGGAGUGGGGCUGGCGCCCCAAGGAGGCCUGGAGAACCCCCAGCCCGAGGUCGAGGCGGGAGCCGGGGUGGAGAGCAACUCCGAGGGGGCUUCCCCCGAGCCCUGCGCUGCCCCGCCUGGGGUCGUGAAGCUGGACAAAGAGAAGCUGGAGCCAACCCCCGAGGAGGAGGCGAGUGAGGACAUGAGAGCUCUGCAGAAAGACCUUGAGCAAUUUGCCAAGCUCCUGAAGCAGAAGAGGAUCACCCUGGGAUACACCCAGGCCGAUGUGGGGCUCACUCUGGGCGUCCUCUUUGGGAAGGUGUUCAGCCAAACAACCAUCUGCCGCUUUGAGGCUUUGCAGCUCAGUUUGAAGAACAUGUGUAAGCUGCGGCCCCUGCUGCAGAAGUGGGUGGAGGAAGCUGAUAACAAUGAGAAUCUGCAGGAGAUAUGCAAAGCAGAGACUCUCGUGCAGGCCCGGAAGAGAAAGCGAACAAGUAUCGAGAACCGAGUGAGGGGCAACCUGGAGAACAUGUUCCUGCAGUGCCCGAAGCCUACCCUGCAGCAGAUCAGCCACAUUGCCCAGCAACUUGGGCUGGAGAAGGAUGUGGUCCGAGUGUGGUUCUGCAACCGUCGCCAGAAGGGCAAACGAUCAAGCAGUGACUAUUCCCAACGAGAGGAUUUUGAGGCUUCUGGGCCUCCUUUCUCAGGGGGACCCGUAUCCUUUCCUCUGGCACCAGGGCCCCACUUUGGUACCCCAGGCUAUGUGGGCCCUCACUUCACUACGCUGUACUCCUCAGUCCCUUUCCCUGAGGGUGAAGCCUUUCCCUCUGUGUCUGUCACCGCUCUGGGCUCUCCCAUGCAUUCAAACUGAGGUGCCUGCCUUCCUACGACAGGAGGGAGAGCGAGGGAAAGAACCCUGAGAAUUGUUCCACGGUUUUGGGAUUAAGUUCUUUCUUCACUACGGAAUUGGGAACACAAAGGGUGUGGGGGCAGGGAGUUUAGGGAACUGGUUGGAGGGAAGGUGAAGUUCAUAGAUGCUCUUGAUUUUAAUCCCCACAUCAUUUAUCACUUUGAUCUUAAAUAAAGAAGCCUGGGACACAGUAGAUGGAUAUUUUGGUUUAUCCUCUAGUUACUGAAAGGGUGUGCAGACACCCAAAUAGUGGAUAGUAACUGCUGUCAGACUCAAAUGACCCUGAAGCCAGGUGCCAAACCUGCUCACAUCACACAGUGUCAGGGAGAGCUGAGACUGGAACCAAGUUUAUUUGUAGAGGCCCUUAGAGGCAUGAGCUAGUUCUUCAAAACUUGCGACACGGGAUCCCAGGGAACUUGAGUUAAACAUCUUAUUUUCGCCCACA